AUGAAAGCGUUCCGAUUCCUCGGCGCCGAGAAGGGCCUCGCCCUCCGGGAGCUGCCGGUCCCCACUCCCGGCCCCGGCCAGGCCCUAAUUCAAGUCAAGGCCGCCGGGCUCUGCCACUCGGACACGCAUGUCUUACACGGCGGCGGCGCAGCCUGGAUGUGCGCCCUACCAACCACCCUGGGCCACGAGGUCGCCGGCCUAAUCACCUCGCUCGGCGAUGGGCCUGCUGCUUCGUCACCAUCAGCGUCCUUGAAAGUCGGCGACCGCGUAGCCGUGGCGUGCGUCGGCCACCCCAUCCAAGAACGCAACUUCCAAGAAGCGCUCGGCGUCGGCUGCGACGGCGGGUACGCAGACUACGCCGUGGCGCCGCUCAAGAACCUCGUCAAGCUACCCGACUCGGUGAGCUUCGUCGACGCGGCCGUGGCGACCGACUCCAUCGCGACGGCCUACCACGCCGUUGUAGCUGAGGGCGGCGUGUCUGAGUCGACCACAGUCGCGGUGAUAGGCCUCGGCGGGCUCGGCCUGAAUGGCGUCGCCAUAGCUGCGUUGCGCGGGGCGAGGUUUGAGGGUGAGACUUUCGAUGUCGUGUUGGACUUUGCGGGCGCGCAGCCUACGGUUGAGGCGGCUGUGGCCACUGUUUGCCCUGGAGGCUGCGUGGUGCUGGUUGGGCUGGCGGCACAAAAGGUGCAAAUCACCACUACGUCUCUGGUCACGCAGAACGUGUCACUGAAAGGAUCGACGAGCGCCAGUAUAAAGGAGUUUCGUGAGGUAUUGGAUCUGCUGGCGUCGGGCUCACUCAAGCCAUAUGUGCAGGAGAUUUCCUUCCAAGAUAUUCCGAGGGGUCUCGAGAUGCUUGGGAAGGGCGAGGUCAAUGGUCGGCUUUACACAAUUCCGUAG